CUAGGCACGAAGAACCCUCGGCACCAUGAGGGGCACAGCGCUGGCACUGGCCUGUCUCACUCUCCUGAUCGUGGCACAGGGAGGACAAGGGGAAGGGAACACGGUGAGGCUCUGCGGGAGAGACUUUGUCAGAGCCGUUGUGUUCACCUGCGGCGGCUCGCGCUGGAAGAGGCACCUGACUGAUCAUCACUACCUCUUGGAGAGUGAAAACCCCCAGCCUUUCCCACACAAUGGUGACGCCGACUCCUCAACCUACACAGACCAGAGGUUGGGGACUGACCGCGAAGAAACCCACGAGGUCAAGUCCAAGCCAGAGCAAGACUUGCACCACACCAGCAAAAUGUCUGUGCUAAGCAAGCGUGAGGCAGCCAAGCUGCUCACCACAUCCUGCUGCAAUGUGGGCUGCAGCAGGAGGGAGAUCAGCUCCCUGUGCUGA